CACUCAGUGUUUACUGACAGAUCUGAGUCACCAACAAACGACCAAAACAUCUAAUAAUAUUCAAAUAGUUAAUAAAACUAGCCGCACUGGUGAGCUUAAUGCGCAACUGAUCCAUUCAGUUACAUUAAUAAAUAGGCAUUUAAUACAACGUUUAGUGGCAUUAUUAGAAUUGAUAUUCGCAUAGUUAAUAAAACAGCAACAUGGGUGUACUAACAAAGAAACCCAAGACCUUCGAGGUUCAGUUUAGUGACCCGAACAAGAGCGCGUACAGCGGCGGAGAUAAAGUGGCCGGGCGGGUGAUCGUGGAGGUGGCGGAGGUGGUGCAGAUCUCCGCCGUUAAACUGCUCGGAAUCGGAUGCGCUAAAGUCGAUUAUAAUAAAGGAAAGAUGCACUGCAGGGAUGAGAUUGAGUACAUGAAGUAUGAAGAAGUUCUUCACCUCGAUCACCAGCCAACAGAUGCAGAUGACUCCAUCAUUCUCAGGCCUGGAAACAGAUACGAGUUCAUGUUUGGGUUUGAACUUCCACAGACAGGGUGCCUUGUUUCCUCCUAUGUGGGGAAGUUUGGCUCUGUCCGAUACUACGUGAAGGCCGUCAUAGAGAAAUCAGGCCACCAGUAUGCAGAAUGCAAGCGAUAUUUCGAGGUGGAGGAACCCAUUGAUGUCAACACCCAAGAACUCAUGGCCCCAGUUACAGGAGCAAAACUGAAGAAAGUCACCUGCAUGUUUAUUCCCGACGGGAGUGUUUCUGUGGCCGCUCGCAUAGGCCGGAAGGGUUACUGUGAAGGAGAAGACAUAUGCAUCGAUGCUCAGUUCGAGAACUCCUGCUCUCGGAUUGUCGUUCCUAAAGCCGCCAUCUUUGCCAAGCACAUUUAUCGGGCAAACGGCCGCACCAAAGAGUUUCACGAGAAGCUCACUUCUGUCAGAGGAGACCAUAUCAUCUCUGGCAUGUGUGACGUGUGGCAGGGGAGAGUGCUUCGUGUGCCAAAACUGAAGCCAACUAUCCUGGGCUGUGACAUUAUCCACGUUGACUAUUGUCUGAGGAUCUACUUGCAUAUCCCAGGAAGUGAGAAACUCAUCCUAGAUCUUCCUCUGGUCAUCGGGACGAUCCCCUACAAUGGCAUGAACAGUCGCACUAGCAGCAUGAGCAGCCAGGACGGCAGUGGCACCUCCAGCACCUGCGUGUCACUUCCGUCUUCUCCACCCAGCUACAGCGAGAUCUCCCGGGAAAACCACAUUGAUAGUUCCUUCAUUCCUCUCCUAGAUGAUUAUGACGAGGAUGACAGUCCUAUAUUCAUGCACAUUCACGCACUCCCCCCUCCCCCAGCAUACACUGAGGUACACAUGCACAUAUAAAUAGACAUAUAUAAACAAAUCCUCAACCAUAGUUAAGAUUGCACUGAGGAUUGUGUCUGUCUUUCAUCUGAUUAAACAGCAAAACUAAUACUGCAUCAGAAGAUACUCCAACGUAAGAUCAAAGGCAGGGAGAUGCAGAUUUCAGAUCUCAGAAUGACAUUGCUGAUGGAGCAUGCACGCUUUACUUCAGAGUUGCGGACUAUGAAAUGCUAUGUCACGCCAAGAACUGGUUGAUUGCAAGUCGGUGAAGUCGUCUGAAGCUGGAAUGAUUUGGUGAUGUAAGAACCCACCACUUGAAUCCUCAGCAUCUGAGAGAGUUGUUACAUUUAUGAUUUUGCCAUAUUGGCAUAAUAAUCUGUCUGCACUUAUUUCAAAUUGAAAAGUGUUUGUGGUAGAAAAGCCUUUGGAUUAGAGAGACAAUAUUUUUGUAAUGCACAAAAAUGUGAUACAGUUCUAUGAGUGGAAACAAUUAUAUAUCAUUAUGAGUUGUUUGCUGAGCUGUUGGUUUGCUGUUAGUCUAGUAUUACAGUCUUUCCUAGCAGCAUGUGUAUUUCUAAUUUAAUAUAGACAUUAGAAUAUGCAUAUAUAGUCAGUAUAUAGUCAGUUUUAAUAGUAUAUAAUUGAGUAUUACUGUCAAGUUAAUCCACUUUGAAAUUUGAAACUGAUUGUUAUGUGCAUUUUGUACUCUUGAA